GCCUCUGUCAGAGUCCAGGUGUUACCGCAGAAGGGAGUUAGGGCUCAUUCACAGCCUUUUAACUUACAGGGUGAUGUUAGCCUGGUUUAAUAGGCUGUGUGAACACGCUAUAAUCCAGGCUUAUUUUGGUUUAGCCUAAAUUGAUUAAGUCAGGUCUCUACAGACAAAAAAUUGCCCCAGUCUAAGGGCCUCUCUGAGCAGGGAUGUUAUUCCAGAAUAAGAGAGAGUGUGAAUUUGAAGUGCUACAGAUAUCCCUAAUGACACCGCAUAUGGACACUCUCGUAUUGAGAUUUAGGGUCCAUGUGGGGAGUUGUUCAAAAAUAGCAGUAGCCAGUCAGUUUCCCCAUAUAGACAAACCCUAAUUAAAGGUAGGAUUAUAAACUGAUUUAGCUUAACAGGCACAGCUGUAUGUGUGAUGCUCAUAAUUUCCAGCCUUCCUUGGCUUGGUUUAUCUUGAGGUGUUUACACCAUGUUAAUUAGACCUUUGUGAGUUUGUGUAUGGAUAAGGACUUUGCUGGAGCACUGACCUCCACUCCUAUCAAAGGCGUGAACUUUGGGGACUAAAAAUUAAAAAGGAAAUGGGCGGAAAAAGUCAUUCACAGUAGGUAGAAGAUAAACAGUUACAUGAUUGAAUCAAGCAGAAGCUACAAACUAAUUGUAGGCAAUGGAAUAGGAAGAUGUGAAAGCAACAAACAGGAGCCGACAAAUCUACUUUGUCAUUUACUCCUUCCUUCCUACGUUGUGAUGUAGCUAGCCCAGUGACCACAGCAUAGAAUCAUAGAAUAUCAGGGUUGGAAGGGACCUCAGGAUGUCAUCUAGUCCAACCCCCCGCUCAAAGCAGGACCAAUUCCCAACUAAAUCAUCCCAGCCAGGGCUUUGUCAAGCCUGAUCUUAAAAACCUCUAAGGAAGAAGAUUCCACCACUUCCCUAGGUAACCCAUUCCAGUGCUUUACCAUCUUCCUACUGAAAAAGUUUUUCCUAAUAUCCAACCUAAACCUCCCCCGCUGCAACUUGAGACCAUUACUCCUUGUUCUGUCAUCAGGUACCACUGAGAACAGUCUAGAUCCAUCCUCUUUGGAACCUGCUUUCAGGUAGUUGAAAGCAGCUAUCAUAUCCCCCCUCUUUCUUCUCUUCUGCAGACUAAAUAAUCCCAGUUCCCUCAGCCUCUCCUCAUAAGCCAUGUGCUCCAGUCCCCUAAUCAUUUUUGUUGCCCUCCGUUGGACUCUUUCCAAUUUUUCCACAUCCUUCUUGUAGUGUGGGGCCCAAAACUGGACACAGUACUCCAGAUGAGGCCUCACCAAUGCCGAAGAGAGGGGAAUGAUCAUGUCCCUCUAUCUGCUGGCAGUGCUCCUACUUAUACAGCCCAAAAUGCCGUUAGCCUUCUUGGCAACAAGGGUACACUGUUGACUCAUAUCCAGCUUCUCGUCCACUGUAACCCAUAGAUCCUUUUCUGCACCACUGCUGCCUAACCAUUUGGUCCCUAGUCUGUAGCAGUGCAUGGGAUUCUUCCUUCCGAAGUGCAGGACUCUGCACUUGUCCUUGUUGAACCUCAUCAGAUUUCUUUUGGUCCAGUCCUCUAAUUUGUCUAGGUCCCUCUGUAUCCUAUCCCUGCCCUCCAGCAUAUCUAAAACUCCUCCCAGUUUAGCGUCAUCUGCAAACUUGCUGAGGGUGCAAUCCACGCCGUCCUCCAGAUCUUUAAUGAAGAUAUUGAACAAAACUGGCCUCAGGACCAACCCUUGGGACACUUUGCUUGAUACUGGCUGCCAACUAGACAGGGAGCCAUUGAUCACUACCAUCAGAUCACUAUCAUCAUUUAUUUGUGUUAACCUCCUCCUUUCCAGCCCCUUCAUCCAGUUACUGAUUGUAAAACCCACCUGCUGUUUUUCCCUCAUUGUACAAAUGUGAUUAAAGCUGUUCAAAUGUGUAUCAAGAGUGGUGAAAAGAGUGAAAUGUGAUUUUUAGCAGCAUUGGCUGGAACUGCUGAAAAUUGGCCUUUGGGUUGAGUUUGAGCUAUAUUUUACUAUAGCAGAAAUACAAUGUACUAAGAUGCAUGUUCCUUAAGAGGAGAGCUGGUCACAAACAGAAUUCCUGUUCCACAAAAAAUUCCAAGAUUCUGAAAUUUCAUUUAAUCCCUAAUUGGGACAAAAAGUAGAAUUCUCAGAAUUUUUCACAAAAUGAAAUAUCCAGAACAAUUUUAUUUUGACAUUAUGGAAACGUUUUGGUAAGAUCUAAACAUUUUAUUUUAAUGUUAUAAUUUUACUGUAUUUCAUUAUAUCUUAUUAUUAUAGACUCAUAGAAAUUUGGGCUAGAAGUGACCUCAAGAAGACAUCUCUUUCAGCCCUCUGCGCUGAGGCAGGACCAAGUAAACGUAGACCAUCUCAGAUAGGUGUUUGUCCAACCUAUUCUUAAAAGCCUCCAUUGAUGGGGAUUAUAAUAUAUCACAUCACAUAUUUAAUAUAGUUGAAAUAACAUCAAAUUUAAAUGUUUCAGUAAUUUCCCAUAGAAAAUUUUAAUGAAGUCAAUAUAUUCCUGAGAAAUGUUUUGAUUUAAUCAGAUCAACAUCUGAUGGAACAACAUUCCACUGGAAAACUGUUGAGCAAUUCCUUUCUAGGGAAGAAAUGUGGCUGUUUCUGACUUUUUCACAUUAAAACAAAAAAGCUAUGUUUUGUACAGUGUAAUAUUUCAAAGGAAGAAGAAUAAGCAGUGUUACCCCUCUCACAAUUUUAUCACCAGUCUUGCAAUAUGUGGUAUUUUAUUAAUACCCCAGCUCCCAGAAUCAUGUGUUUAUGGGUGAAUCUCAGUUCCCACUGAUGGAAGAAAGAAAGUUUCUAGACCUUGAGGCUGCAGAGAAAAGCUUGAAAAUGUGACCCCUGAAGACUCAAAUAUCAAAAGGCAAAUGAAAGGAACCAAUGCAUAUUACUUUAAAAAGAUAAUCUCAUGAUUUUAGGGGAUUAUGAUUUUUAAACAUUGGAUUUGGCAAUACUGAGAUGGGGUUAGCUUUGAAAAGACAGGUAUGGAAAAGAGACCAAACUUUGUGAGAGAGAAAAAGAAGGUAGCAGAGGGGAAAUGGAAAGUGAGGUUCAAAGCAACAGGUGUACAUUCAAUAAGAAUAGCCAAAGGAAUAUUGAGGCUGAAAACCUAGGCUAGAGGUUAAAAAUUCUUCUCAAGCCUGAUCCAGUAGAAACUGAGGACUGACAACUCAUUAUUCUAGUAGCAGGCAGAAUUACUCAGUAGGUCGGAGAAAAGUGUCCCUCCUUAAGAGGUUUUAUUUAGGACACUAGGAUGUCCACCCAUUCCUGCUGAGUCCACAGAUGGAAUCCAGAGGGGGAGGCUUAUUACCUGAGAUCAGGCUGUGGGAAAAGUCCUGAGUCGAGCCAGAUGCACGAAUGGGAGAAUCCUGCUCUAGGCCUUGCCCUGUUCCUGAGCCCCCAACUGGGCAGACAGCAGUGCCUCAUGCUCCCUCAGUUAGAACACCUAUGAGAUCCACCAUGCUGCCCAACUAAGGAUCCUCCGCAGACCCCUUCCAGGGGUUAUGGCAGAGUCUCUUGCUAGAGCCCUGGGUUCCUUGUGAAUGGGUGAGUUUAAUUCUCAAACUCAGGCUCUGGCAAACUGGGACAUGCUAGGUUACAGUGCCCCUUAGAUUCCCCACUUAGAGAAGGUUAGAUGGAAAAAACAAAACCCAGAUGUUGGAACUGCAGAGUAGAGGUGAUACCUCCCACCCAACACAGCCCCACAACCUUAAUUCUGCCCCAGGGAAGGAGAACCCAGCAGUGUACCACUCUCUCUGCCUCAGCCAAUGGGCAGCAAAUGCUUCCCAGUUCAAUAGUACUGCAUAGGGGAAUUCUCUGGCCUGGGCUUGCAUGAGAUCAGUCCAGAUGACCUCAUGGUUUCUUCUGGCCUUAAAUUGUAUGAAAUGUGGUGACUCACAUUGGUGGGGCUUAUUAGAUGGGCAGAGCUUGGAAGAAGGAGUCACUUUUCUAUACCAUUCUCAUUCUGGGUGGGGGAGGCCUCUUGAACAGACCAUAUGGCCCCUUGCUUACCUGCUGCAUCCCUCUACCAGCCCCAGUGGGGUGAAAGGGACAGAGAGAGGAGGGAAGCUGGUAGCCAGGAAGCUGAGAACUGUAGCUACCAGCUGGAAGCAGCACUGGGUGGGGACCUGGAGUCCAUAUGUCACACUGGGGCCCUGUUCAGUGAGAGAGGGCUCUGCACACCCUUAGCCCCAGGCAUUGGGGGGUGGGAAGGGGAGGCACAGGUGGCCUAGACCCCAAGGCUGGCCAAACAUUUUCCACAAAAACGCUGUUCCAACUGAUUCAUAGACUCAUAGGAUUAGAAGGGACCGCUAGGAUCAUCUAGUCUGAGCUCCAAAUUGGGGACUGAAAAUUGGGUUUUCACAGACAGUGUCUGGUUUCCAUGGGACACAUUUUUGUUGUCAGAAACCAAACACCUGAAAACAGAAAUAUUGAUACUUGGAAAUGGUGCUGCAAUGCACCAUAGGAGUUCACUCUCAGUCACUUGUCCUCUAUGACCCCAAGAUCCUUUUCACAGUCACUGCUUUCCGGGACACAGGCCCCCACUCUGUAGAUAUUGCCUGCAUUCCUUGUUCCUAGAUGUGUGAUCUUGCAUUUGGCUAUAUUAAAACAUGUUUGAGGGGAUUCAGCUUACCAAGCGAUCUACAUUGCUCUAUGUGCCUGCCCUGUCAUCAUUAUUUACCACUCUGCAAAUUUCGUCAGCAAUGAUUUCAUAUUUUCUUCCAGAUUGUGGAUGAAACUGUUGAAUAGAGUGAGGCCUGAUAUCGAUCCCUGCAGAACCCCGCUAGAAAUACCCCCACUCACAGAUGAUUCCCCAUGGAUGACCAUUUUUUGGGAUCUGUCAGUUAGCGAGUACUUAAUCUUCAGCUCCUCAGCUCCCCCUUCUCUUGGGUAGACACCCUUAUCUCUGUCCCUCCUGCCAGGGGUUUUACCAGACUGCACAGUUCCCUGCUUACACUGUGCUAUCCGCAGCCAGCCAGACUGCCUAACCCGGCCAGCCUCUAGGCUUUGCUUUCUCUUCAAAGGCUAUGAACAGUUGUAGUUGCCAGCAGCCACAAGUUACCAUGUAGUGCUUUAUAAGCUAGCACAUUUAUUCUUACUGUGGCAGCAUUACAGAGAAAACAUAUUAAAACAAUAAAAGUUCCUAUCUGUGUGCUAAAAGUUCACCAGACAUCACCCAGCAGUCUUACCAGGCCUCCGGAGGCCAAAGUCUUUCUUGUCAAAGAAAUCGGAUUGAUGCGCUGGUGCCUGGAGCCGCCCCUGUCUGUGACAUGCAUCACUUUGUCUGUGACAUGCAUUAUUCUCACCACUUCUGGUCUCAGUGCAAUGCACAGCCUUAUUUCAGCCUUCUCUGCUCCCUGGUGUUAGUGCUGAGUGUCUGUGCCAUGCACAGCCUUCUCCCACUCUCAGCUAUGCUGGUCUCAGUGCUGUGUGUUUGUGUCAUGCACAGCCUUCCCCCAUUCUCAGCUCCUUGGUGUCACUCCUCUGUGUCAGUGUAAUGCACAGCCUUCCCCCACUCUCAGCUCCCCGGUGUCAGUGCUGCAUGUAUGUGCCUGUGGCAGGGCAGGGGUGAAACCCCUUGAAUGCCCUGCUUUCGGGCAGAGAGGCCAGGGCAGAAGUGCAAAGCAGCCAGCAGGGACCCCUGCUGCGGGCCCUAACGAGGGCUGGCUCGCUGCAAUAGACUGAGCUGAGCUAAGCAGUGACAGCUGGGCUGAAGGCUGGGAGGGCUAUAAAAGCCCUGAACAAAACUCAGGUAGGAAGCUAGGAGGUGGGAUAGAGAGGAAUGAUCACUUCCAUCCAUCUGCUGGCACUGCCCCUACUUAUACAGUCCAAAAUGUCAUUAGCCUUCUUGGCAACAAGGGCACACUGUUGACUCAUAUCUAGCUUCUCAUCCACUGUAACCUCUAGGUCCUUUUCUACACCACUGCUGCCUAGCCACUUGGUCCCUAGUCUGUAGUAGUGCAUGGGAUUCUUCCAUCCUAAGUGCAGGAUUCUGUACUUAUCCUUAUUGAACCUCAUCAGAUUUCUUUUGACCCAAUCCUCUAAUUUGUCUAGGUCCCUCUGUACCCUAUCCCUACCCUCUAGCAUAUCUAUCACUCCUCCUAGUUUAGUGUCAUCUGCAAACUUGCUGAGAAUGCAGUCCAUGCCAUCCUCCAGAUCAUUAAUGAAGAUAUUGAACAAAACAGGCCCCAGGAGCGACACUUGGGGCACUCCGCCUGAUACUGGCUGCCAACUAGACAUGGAGCCAUUGAUCACUACUCAUUGAGCGCGAUGAUCUACCCAGCUUUCUAUCCACCUUAUAGUCCAUUCAUCCAGCCCAUACUUCUUUAACUUGCUGGCAAGAAUACUGUGGGAGACUGUAUCAGAACCUUUGCUAAAGUCAAGGAAUAACAUGUCUACUGCUUUCCCCUCAUCCACAGACCCAGUUUUCUCCUCAUAGAAGGCAAUUAGGUUGGUUAGGCAUGACUUGCCCUUGGUGAAUCCAUGCUAACUGUUCCUGAUCACUUUCCUCUUCUCAAAGUGCUUCAAAAUUGAUUCCUUGAGGAUCAGCUCCAUGAUUUUCCAGGGACUGAGGUGAGGCUGACUGGCCUGUAGUUCCCUGGAUCCUCCUCCUUUCCCUUUUUAAAGAUGGGCACUGCAUUAGCCUUUUUCCAGUCAUCUGGGACCUCCCCAGAUCGCCAUGAGUUUUCAAAGAUAAUGGCCAAUGGGCUCUGUAGUCACAUCCACCAACUCCUUUAGUACCCUCAGACGUAGUGCAUGCAGCCCCAUGGAUUUGUGCCCAUCCAGCUUUUCUAAAUAAUCCUGAACCACUUCUUUCUCCACAGAGGGCUGGUCACCUCCUCCCUACACUGUGCUGCCCAAUGCAGUUGUCUGGGAGCUGACAUUGUUUGUGAGGCAAAAAAAUUAUAGAGUACAUUAGCUUUUUCCACAUCCUCUAUCGCUAGGUUGCCUUGUGGAACCCUGUUCUCUAGAUCGGAGUGACUCUCAGCCAGUGGAAAAUAGGAGGGUUUAUUGAGCAUCUGAACACAGCGUAGGAAACUCUCAGGCCUGGCCUUUCUCAGCACAGUACAUCUAAGUCUCUCCUUCAUCCAGGUGGGCUCUGCCUGCUCUCUCUCUCCAGUCCCGAUCCCCCUUGCUUUCCAGCUGGGCAUCUGAUAUCACCUUCCCCAAGCCCCGCCUCUGUCCAUUGUCUUCUAUCCAGGUAAACAGGGUCACCUGGCUGGAACUGACUGAUUAGGUUACUGGGGUCCUCUCGUUGCAGCCCAUUGUCCUCCCACUGGCCAGAACUAGUUGUGACUCCCGAGCUGGGCCGCCAUGACACCAUUUGCUGGGGUAGCCAUUCCCCAGGCCAUUGGCUGGGGUCCUAAGUUCUGUUGCUGGUCCUCUGUAACAACAAACUCCCUCUCCCAGCACUCCGUUAAACCAGUAACACCCAGGGAAACUGAGUCCCACCCCUUCUGCUUGCAAACCAUUGAAAAAACCAAUAAAAAACAAAGAGAACCCCCCACUUUAUCUCACCUGGUGUCAGUGCUGAAGGUCUGUGCCGUGGAUCAAGUUUCCUCAUUCUCAGCACCCCAUUUCUUAUCGCUGUGCACUGCACCAUGUGUCCUCGUUCUCAGCUGCCCAUCUCUUAACUCCGUUUGGGCCAUGUAUUUAACUCGGCCGCCCAGAGGAUUCAGGGGGCCUGGGGCAAAGCGGGGGAGCUGCAGCGCUUGUACUCACCCGGCGGUGGUCUGGGUCUUUGGCAGCAUUUUGGUGGCAGGGGGCUCUUCAGUCGCUCCGUGUCUUCGGCAGCACUGAAUGGCCCCCGCUGCCAAAGACCCAGACCGUCGCCGGGCCAGGGCUCAUGGGGCCCCUGCGGGGCCCAGGGCCUGGGACAAAUUGCCCCACUUGCCCUCUCCCCCUGAUUUAACUUCCCUAUUCUCAGCUCCCUUGGUCUCAGGGCUAUAUGUGGGUGCUCUGCACUGAGUCUUGGUCUACACUACAAGUUUAGGUCGAAUUUAGCAGCGUUAGAUCGACGAGGGGAUUAGUGCUGAAACUGACCUUGCUGGGUCGAAUUUGGGGUAGUGUGGAUGCAAUUCGACAGUAUUGGCCUCCGGGAGCUAUCCCAGAGUGCUCCAUUGUGACUGCUCUGGACAGCACUCUCAACUCCGAUGCACUGGCCAGGUAGACAGGAAAAGCCCCAUGAACUUUUGAAUUUCAUGUCCUGUUUGCCCUGUGUGGAGAGCUGAUCAGCACAGGUUACCAUGAAGUCCUAGAAUCGCAAAAGAGCUCCAGCAUGGACCAAACGGGAGGUACCGGAAUAUUUGAAAAAAUCUCAAAGGGCAUGAAGGACAGAGGCCAUAACAGGGACCUGUAGCAGUGAAACUUAAGGAGCUGAGGCAAGCCUACCAAAAAAACAGAGAGGCAAACGGCCGCUCUGGGGCAAAGUCUCCGAUAUGCUGCUUCUAUGAUGAGCUGCAUACUAUUCUAGGGGGUGCCCCUACAACUACCCCACCCCUGUGCUUUGACUCCGUCAAUGGACUCUCAUGCAACAGGGAUGCAGAUUUAGGGGAAGAGGAGGAGGACGUUGAAGUUAGCGCGCAGCAAGGACGUGGAGAAAACAUUUUCCCCGGCAGCCAGGAACUGUUUAUCACUCUGGACCUAGUACUCUCCCAACCCACCCAGGUGGGCUCACAGACCUUGAAGGAAGUGAAGGCACCUCUGCUGCAAAUAUUUCAAUGCUCACUGUAUCGUCUCCAUCCCAGAGGCUAGAUUAGAUUGGAAGGCGAAAAAAACGCACUCGCAAUGACAUGUUCUCUGAGCUCAUGCAGUCCUCCCACAUUGAAAGAGCCCAACGGAAUGUGUGGAGGCAGACAAUGUCAGAGUGCAGAAAAGCACAAAAUUAACGCGAGGACAGGAGGGAUGAGCGAGAGGACAGAAGGGACCAGCGAGAGGAGAUAUGGCGUCAGCAUGAUGAAAGGAGGCAGGAAGCUCAGGCUACUCGCGGAUCAAACUCAUUCUCUGGUGUAUUGUUGAGCAGGACAGACAGCAGGAAGCACACAGACCGCUGCUGUGGGAGGGAUAGCUCAGUGGUUUGAGCAUGGGCCUGCUAAACCCAGGGUUGUGAGCUCAAUCCUUGAGGGGGCCAGUUAGGGAUCAGGAGCAAAAAUCUGUCUGAGGAUUGGUCCUGUAAAGCAGGGGCUUGGACUAGAUAACUUCCUGAGGAACCUUCCAACCCUGAUAUUCUAUGCUGCAGUCACUGUGUGACGAGCUGCCCUCCUCCUCAACUUCCAUGGCCUUCUUACCCAGAUGCCCAAGAACAUGGUCGGGGGGACUCUGGCCACCCAAACACUCCACCCUAGAGGAUUGCCCAAGCAACAGAAAGCUGGCAUUCAAUAAGUUUUGAAAUGCAGUGUGGCCUUGUCCUUCCCUCCUCCUCUCCUCCACCAAUCCAACCCAUUGCUUCCCUCCAGCCCCACCCCUUCUGGGCUACCUCGGCAGUUAUCCCCCCGUUUGUGUGACAAAGUAAUAAAGAAUGCAUGAAUUUUGAAAAACAGUGAUUUUGUUGCCUCUGCAAGCGGUGAUCAAAGGGGGGGAGGGGAGGGCGGUUUAUUUACAGGGAAGUAGAGUGAACCAAAGGGGCAGGUUUUUAUCAAGGAGAAACAAACAGAACUUUCACAUCGUAGCCCCCUGACCAGUCAUGGAACGGGUUUUCAAAGCUUCUCUCAUGCGCACUGCUAUGCUCUUCUAAUCACCCUGGUGUCUGGCUGCACAUAAUCAGUGACCAGGUGAUUUGCCUAAACCUCCCACCCCUUACUUUCACAGAGAUGGUGGAGCACACAGCAAGCACUAAUAACAAUGGGAAUAUUGGUUUCUCUGAGGUCUAACCGAGUCAGUAAACUGCACCAGUGCGCUUUUAAACGUCCAAAGGCACAUUCUGCCACCAUUCUGCACUUGCUCAGCCCAUAGUUGAACAGCUCCUGACUACUGUCCAGGCAGCCUUUGUAUGGCUUCAUGAGCCAUGGCAUUAAUGGGUAGGCUGGGUCCCCAAGGAUAACUAUAGGCAUUUCAACAUCCCCAACAGUUAUUUUCUGGUCUGGAAAGUAAGUCCCUUGCUGCAGCCGUUGACACAGACCAGAGUUCCUGAAGAUGCGAGCAUCAUGUACCUUUCCCAGCCAUCUCACAUUGAUGUUGAUGACACGUCUCUUGUGAUCCACAAGUGCUUACAGCACCAUUGAAAAGUACGCCUUUCGGUUUAUGUACUUGCUGCCUUGGUGCACUGGUCCCAAGAUAGGGAUAUGCAUUCCGUCUACCACCCCACCACAGUUAGGGAAUCCCAUUGCAGCAAAGCCAUCCGCUAUGGCCUGCACAUUUCCCAGAGUCACUACUCUUGAUAGCAGCAGGUCAAAGAUCGCUUUGGCUACUUGGAUCACAGCAGCCCCCACAGUAGAUCUGCCCACUCCAAAUUGAUUCCCGACAAGCUUCCAGAGGGCUAUCGUCACUCACUUGUGAACUGUGAGGGCUGCUCUCAUCUUGCUAUUCUUGCAUUUCAGGGCAGAGGAAAGCAAGUCACAAAGUUCCAUGAAAGUUUCCUUAUGCAUGUGAAAGUUUUGCAGCCACUGGGAAUCAUCCCACACCUGCAACACUAUGUGGUCCCACCAGUCUGUGCUUGUUUCCUGGGCCCAGAAUCAGUGUUCCAUGGCAUGAGCCUGCCCCAUUGUCACCAGGAUGGACAAAUUGCUGUGACCCAUGCUUUUAGCGAAGUCUGUGUCCAUGUCCACAUCACUCUUGUGACUUCCCUGCCAUCGCUGCCUUCGCCUCCUCGCCUGCCUUUGCAGGUUCUGGUGCUGCAUAUACUGCAGGAUAAUGUGCGUGCUGUUUGCAGUGCUCAUAACUGCUGCGGUGAUCUGAGUGGGCUUCAUGCUUGCUGUGCUUUGGCAUCUGCGUGGAAAAAAGGCAUGAAACGAUUCUCAGCUGUUGCUCUCAGUGAGGGAGGGGCGACAGAUGACUGUAGCUAUCCCACGGUUCCCGCAGUCUCCGCCAACCAUUUGAAUUCUGGGUUGAGCUCCCAAUGCCUGAUGGGUCAAAACAUUGUCAUGGGUGGUUCUGGGUACAUGUCGUCAGUCCACUCCUCCCAUGAAAGCAACAGCAAAAAAUAGUUUCUCGCCUUUUUUCACUGUCACUGGGUGCUGCUGGCAGACGCGGUACUUCAGUGCUACACAGUAGCAUCCCCUUGCCUUGCGUUGUGGAUGGCAGAUGGUACAGUAUGACUGGUAGCUGUCAUCAUUGUCCCGUGGGUGCUCCUGGCUGGCCUCGGUGAGGUUGAUUGGGGGCACCCGGGCAGACAUGGGUGCUCCUGGCUGGCCUCGGUGAGGUCAGUCGGGGGCACCUGGACAAAAAUGGGAAUGAUUUCAGGUCAUUCUCUCUUCAAGUUUUGUGUAAUGGAGAUCCAGUCCUGCCUGGAAUAUCAUGCCAGCUGGAGGCUUCUGCCUCAGGCUGCUCUCCCAGUUGGCAGCACCAUGCGGUUGCACCUACCCCAGCCUACCCCUUGCUCCCAUGGCUCAUGAAGCCUGGACAGUAGUAAGGAGAAGUCCAACUAUAGGCUGGGCAAGUGCAGAAUGCUGGUUCACUCUACUUCCCUGUAAGCCAGCCCCCCCCACCCCCGAUCUCUGCUUGCAGAGGCAAUAAAGUCAGUGUUGUUUCAAAUCCAUGCAUUCUUUAUUAAUUCAUCACACAAAUGGGGGAGGAUAACUGCCAAGGUAGCCCGGGAGGGGUGUAGGAGGAGGGAAGCAAUGGAUGGGGUAGUUGUUGGGGCAUCCCCUAGAAUGGCAUGCAGCUCAUCAUUUCUGUGGGAUGUCUGAGGCUCUGACCUGGAGUAGCCGUUUGCCUCUCUGGUUCUUAGUAGGCCUGCCUGAUAUUCCAGGCAGGACUGAAUCUCCAUUAGACAAAACUUAAAGAAGAGAAUGACCUGGGGAGUCAUUCCCAUUUUUGUCCAGGCGCCCCGACCGACCUCACUGAGGCUGGCCAGGAGCACCCAUGUCUGCCCAGGCACCCCCGACCAACCUCAGUGAGGCCGGCCAGGAGCAACCAGGAGACAGCAGCAGAUGGUACAGUAUGCAAAGGCAAGGAACUGAGCGGGCUCCAUGCUUGCCGUGGUAUGUCGUCUGCAUGGGUAACCCAGGAAAAAAGGCGAGAAACGAUAUUUUGCCAUUGCUUUCACGGGGGGCGGGAAGGGGGCUGACACCAUGUACCCAGAACCACCCGCAAGAAUGUUUUUGCCCCAUCAGGCAUUGGGAGCGCAACCCAGAAUUCCAAUGGGGGGGGCAGAGACUGUGGGAGCUGUGGGAUAGCUACCAUAGUGCAAUGCUCCAAAAGUCUACUCUAGCCUCGGCACUGUGGACGCACCCCUCCGACAAUGCGCUUAGUGGGGACGCACACAAAUGACAGUAUCAAAUCAAUUUCUAAAAAAAUCAACUUCUAUUAAAUUGAACUAAUUUUGUAGUGUAGACAUAUGCUGAAUUGCCCCCUUCUUAGCUCCCUUGUUCCCAGUGCUGCAUUUGCUAAGUUUUCCCAUUGUCAGCUUCCUUGGUCUGAGCACUGGCAUGUAACAAGCUUUCCCAUUCUCAGUUCCCCUGGUCUCCUUGCUUGGUGACUGUGUCAUUAUAUGAGUGCCCUCAUUGCUUGCUGAUUUUAAGUGAGUCCUGUGUGUCUGUACCAUGGACUGAGUUUUACCAUUCUCGUCUGCCCUGGUCUCAGUGCUGCGUGUCAGUUUCAUGCACUCAUUUCCUAUGCUCAUCAUCCCUGGUCUGAGUGGUUCAUGUAUGUGCCAAACUUCGUAUUUCCACUUCUCUGGUGCCGUGGUUUUAGCAUUGUGUGUUUGUACCAUGCACAAAUUGUCCCUUUUCUCAGCGAUCUUCUUGGUCUCACCUCUGUUUGUCUGUGGCGUACUCUGAGUUUACCAGAUCUCGGUCUCAGAACUAAGUGCCUGUGCCAUGCCCUGAAUUUCCCCAUUCUCUGUUCCCCAGGUCUCAACACUUUGUUUCUGGUCUGUACAUUGAGUUUUCCUGUCCUUAGCACCUCAGGUAUUAGUGGUUUGUUUCUGUGACAUGCACUGAGUUUCCCCAUUCUCAGCUCUACUGGUCAGUGUUUGCAAGGCCAUGGCAGCGAGGGUGAAGUGAUAUGCUCUUAAAAAUGGAGUCCUCUGUGUGUGAUACUGGACAAAACCACAUCUGAUUUUAUCUCAGCACUGGACAGCGGAAAAACCAUAACCUACCCCGUACCCCCCGAUUGUCUGUCUUAAAACUGAAUGAAUGGCCUGCCUGUGUAAGAACUCUGCAGUAACACACACAAACUAAUCUGGCCUUUCAUAGGCUUGGUCUCUAUAGACAUUGAAUUAAAUGCUGAAGCAGGAGGAUUAAUAUCCCUGCCAAAAUUAUCUUUUUUUGUAAUCAUUUUGAAAAAUUUCAAACCUUGAAAAUAUUGUUUAAAAAGAUAUUAUGGGUGUUUUUCCUUAUUUGUUUAAUUUUGUAUUUCAACUCUAGGAGCAAAGAAGGUUGGUCACACAUAAAGGCUGGGGGACUGUUGUAUCCUUGACAGCAGUGCUUCUGGGUAGAAUUUAGGAUUCAUGGUGGAAUCCAACUGAACACAGGCUCCUGGUAGGAUGCUGUGUUGCUAAGAGAAUCAGUACAGUUGCUAAAGAGGUAGAAGCAGGGAAAUACUGAGUAGGAGUAGACAGGUGGUAUUGUCUCGAUAUAGGGCAUUAGGGAGACCAUUACUGGACACACUGUCCACUUCUUGUGUUCUCACUUCAACAAGGACACUGAAAACCUUAAAAUGACAAAGAAAAGAACCAACAGAAUUAUUCAAGGUCUGGAAAACCUGCCUCAGAGUGAAAGACUUACAGAGAUCCAUCGGUUCCUUUUAUUCAAGUGAAGGCUGCAGAACCACAUCAGCGCUUGGCUCCGGAUCGUCCCGUCUGCUGGGGAACGGGAAAGGGACAUGGCUGCAGCGGAUCAUGCUCAGGGGUCGGUGACCUUCGAGGAGAUGGCUGUGUAUUUCCCUGAGGGGCAGUGGGCUCUGCUGGAUCCACGUCACAGAGUUCUUUACAGGGACCUCCUGGGGUUUCCUGUUCCCAAGCCCAGUGAGAUCUCCCGGAUGGACCGAGGGAAAGAGCCAUGGAGCCCAGAUCCCCAGGGCUCUGAAGAAAGGGGUAUCCUGAGAAGCAGCCACACAGGAGACGGGAUGGGCAGUGAGAGUGAAGAGGAGAACUCUCAGCUGGAAGAUCCUGAGCUAGUGCAGCCACACAGGAGGAUGUCGGGAAGAGCUGAAGGGAACAUUUCCCAGAGCCCUGAGCAGGGAGAAGCCUGGGAGAGUCAGCACAGACUGCAAAGGCAACCAGGGAAAGGAUUGGAUAAAUCGUGUCACAGGCCCGUGGACACCACCCACCAGAGAAACCCCAAUGAAGAGAGACCGACCAUCUGUGAGGAAUGUGGCAGAAGCUUCAGUCGCAGCUCAAACCUGAUUGUCCAUCAGAGACUCCAUGCUGGAGAGAAACCCUAUAAAUGUCUGGACUGUGGGAAAAGCUUCAGCCGGAGCUCCCACCUGAUCACUCAUCAGAGACUGCACACAGGAGAGAAGCCCUACAAGUGCUCCAACUGCGGGAAAAGCUUCAGUGACAGCUCCACCCUCAUCACCCACCAGAGACUCCACACAGGAGAGAAACCCUACAAAUGCCCUGACUGUGGAAAAGGCUUCAACCAGAGCUCCAACCUCACUUCCCACCAGAGAACCCACACAGGGGAGAGACCCUACAAGUGUCCCGAGUGCGGGAAAAGCUUCAGUGUCAGCUCCUACCUCAUCAGGCACCAGAAAAUUCACACAGGAGAGAGACCCUACAAAUGCGAGGAGUGUGAGAAGAGCUUCAGUCAGAGCUCCAGUCUUAUCAACCACCAGCGAGUGCACACUGGAGAGAAACCCUAUAAGUGCAUUGAUUGUAACAAAUGGUUCAGGAACAGCUCAGACCUGAUUAGACACCAGAGAACCCACACGGGAGAGAGACCAUAUCGGUGCCCAGACUGCGGGAAAAGCUUCAAUCGCAGCUCGAACCUCAUGACGCACCAGAGGAUCCACACGGGAGAGAAGCCCUAUGAAUGUCCCGAGUGCAGGAGGAGCUUCACCGUGAGCUCAGCCCUGAUCAAACACCAGAGGACUCACCGGGAGGAGAAGCCUUACGACUGCCCUGAUUGCGGGAAAAUCUUCAUUCGCUGCUCCAAUUUUCUUACGCAUCGGAGAAUCCACAUGGGAUAGAAACCGACAUCCCCUGAUAUCUCUGCCCCCGCCCCAUGCCAGCUCAGAAGGAGCCACUUUGAGCCAGGGUCAGCCUGGCUGACAGACUCCAGGGAGUUGCUGCUCACUGGGGUCUGGGAAUCUGGUUUUGGUGCACAGAGGACUGGGGCAGAUGGUUAUUUCUAGAAAGGGAGGGAUUGUUUUGUUUUGGAUUUCAAACACUUUUAUAAACACAGUCCCACUCAUGCAACCUCAGCAGGCGGCACCAUGCUAAGCAGCUUUACCCUGCCUGUCCUUGUGGUGAGGAGGAUGCCUAGAAAGCAGUGGUUACACUAAUAAACAUGUCUAUGGGCUCUAUCCAUGUUACGUUCGUACAAUGUGCCUGGGGAGGUUACACAAAUCAAACUGUCCAUGGAAAAGCAGACUCAUACUCAGAGAUUCAUUAAGUUUGAAAGACUGUGCUGAAUUAAUGGCAUUUGAAGUACGCAUUUGGAUUCAGACGCCCUCGGGAAAUUUUAUCUAUGCACUGGUUUCACCUGAUAAGUAACAAAAAAUUCAAACAUAUGUCUGCUCUGGCCCAGCGACAGCUCGGUCAUUCUGGGUAUCGGGAAGUGUGUUCUUGAGUUCAUAGAAGCCUGUAAAUUAUGUAAAUGUAUAUUGUGUUCUAUGUGGCAAUAGCCAGCUGUCACUGAGUCAUAGGAUCUAGUCUGCUCCCAGCCUGUCAUCAGCCGCGUGGGAGUGACCCCUUUAAUGUGCCCAUCCCAAGGACCCACACAGCUCCACAGGGGCAGGCCUGUGGCCACCAUGACUCCCAGACUGGGCCUUCGGCUCCCUGCAGCGAAUCCAGCCCAGCCAGAGUCCUUCAGGGCACAGUGCUCUCAGUGAAUAUCUGAAGUGACACCAAGAGGCCCUUUCAACUGAAGAUGACAAUUCAUUAGUUACCUGGCGUAUAGAAUCUGAAAGUCCUUACAUUAGCACAGUGAGGCAAAGGUUAACACAUGGCCCAUGCUGUCUAUAUCAGUGCAACCAGGCAGUAUCUGUUUCAGUUUCCAUUUCUCCUUUCAAUGUCAUCCCAGGUGAGAGCUCCAGACUCUUUGUAAAAGCCAGGAGUUAUCCCAGUAUCCUGACACUAGUUCGACCCAUUGUUCUUGAGCUGGGGCCUUUGCUCUGCUUCUCUGCUGAGAGGUGGAGGGAAAACUCCUGCCUUUUGGUCUGGUUCCUGGGUCUGAAUGUUCUGGCAUUUAAAAAAGGGUUGGUUUCAGCCCAUCCUUUAGUAUCCCAGUCACUGCACCCCAGUCAGCUACAUGACACAGCAUCUCAUGUCUGCUGCUCUGCCACAAGAGCUGCAUUUUGAACCCUUUUGCACCCACUGGGUGGCUAUGCAGAGUGCAGAGGGAAACUGAGGCACACCCUGGAACCAUAAAAUUAUUACAGAAAAUUCCUGCUUUGUCACACCAACCUCACCCUGGCUGUCUAGGAUUAAAAUUUAGUUAGUAAAUGUGACCUGGGGAUUUCUUACACUAGCUCAACAUAGAGCUACUUUGUUAGGAAGAUGUAUGUGCAUACCCCAAAGAGGAGCUGGCAGCCUGUAGAUGGACUGAUGGGCACUCACCACAGCUCAGUCACAGAUGACGCUUGCUUGAAUUUGAGUGGUUUUAUAAAAUCACUUGGUGAAAGCAACAUUGGAGCUUCCAGUACACCAUGACUGGGAUUGCAGAGUAUUUAUGGUAACACUUUCUGCUGAACUGCCAUAGAAAUAACUUUGAUACCAUGGGGCUAUGUUAAUGUGAGAUAUCUCUGUGAAAGGAAGAGGCUUGGCUCUGAAUUGUCAUUGUUGCAAGGCAAAUUUAAACUGAAUUGACAUGUUAGUGACCAAGCAAUUGUUUAAAGGUUGCCUUUUAAGAAUGACUCUUUGUUGAGCUGCCACUCACAGUCCCAUGACUUUGGGUUACAAAGUUUGACUGGUAAAUUGAUCCAGCCCUGUACUAAGGAUUCAGUUUUGUAGUAAAAGCCCACACUCCAUACUA